ACACACAGCAAAACAAAGCAAAAAUAAAGACCCAAAAUACCAAUCUUUCUCUCUUCUCUGAGGGAUUCACUUCUAAACAAAAAUUGAAUCACAGGUUAUUGUGAAUGGUGGAAAUCUCAAGUAGUAGCAGUUUCAUGCGCCCCCUCUCCCAAACAAGGGCGAGCGCUGCAAUCGCUUUCGCUUUUGCUUUCGGAUCUUGCAAGGAAGGCUGGUACUACCGCUGCCUCGGCGUCGACCCGUGAAUUCUCAAACACCUUAAACCCUCUUUGCACUUUCUGAAUUUCUCAGUUAUAAUUUUUUUCAUUCUCCAACAACAUCUCAUUCCUAUUUGAAAAAAAAAAAAUUGUCGGUUAGAUUUGUUUUAGUUUUUUUUUUGUUGUUGUUGUUGUAUUCGUGGGUCUUUGUUUUUUUGGGUUACAAAGAUGUUGCUGUACAAGCCAAAGAAAAAUCAGACCGCCGCCAACAAAGGCGGUAACAGGUUGUUGAUUAGCAUAACCGUGUUAGGGAGUGCCGGUCCGAUCCGAUUCGUGGUGAGUGAGGACGAGCUUGUCGCUGCGGUCAUCGACACCGCCCUCAAAUCCUACGCCCGUGAGGGUCGCCUUCCGGUUCUCGGAUCCAAUCUCAAUGAUUUCUUCCUCUACUGCCCAAAUGCUGGACCUGAAGCAUUGAGUCCAUGGGACACAAUUGGAUCACAAGGAGUUCGGAAUUUCAUGCUGUGCAAGAAGCCCCAGCCAGUGAAAAUGGAAGGAGAUGAGGAAGGAUCGAUGCAGCAGAUUUCUAGCAAGGGGAAUGGGAGUGGGAGUGGGAGUUGGAAGGCAUGGAUCAACAAGUCCCUCAAUCUCAAGAUUUAUUCCCAUUGAUUAAUUAUCAUAAUUCCUCAACUAAAUCUAAAUGGGGAUGGAGGAAAGUAUUUAUGCUUUUCUUGUUUUUGUUAGUUUCAUUUCUGAUGAUUUCAGUUUCCAAGAGACAUAAAUUAUGUAUGAGCUUCGCUGCUCAUAGACAUCUGUUUGUUUUUGAUUUCGAAGUUGAUGAUUAUGGUGUGUGUUGGAGAAGAACUUGCAAUUGUUCCUCACAAAUAAAAUUUGAGGUUUUGGUUUGAAAUAAAA